UCAUAAAAAUAAAACCAUCGAAAGGUUGCAGUGAGUUUGUUUUGGUCAACGGGUGGUUAAGCAAAAGAUUCAGCGGUCAUUGUAUGACCACAGUCAGAGACAAUAGAGAACAGAUAGAAUGGAGACCUCAGAUCGCAUCAUUGAGGGUCUGUACCUUGGAGGGGUGAUGGCAGCCCUGAGUGAGAAGGACCUUCAAGACAAGAAGAUCACUCACAUCCUAUCAGUCGAUGAGAAGCCUUUGCCCGAUAUCCUUACACAGAAACUGACCUACAAGCAUGUGUUUGCCUUAGACUUGUAUGAUUUUGACUUGUUGAGUGUCUUACCAGAAUGCGUUUUGUUCAUUGACCAGGCGAUUGAAGGACAUUGUGCUAUCUUGGUACACUGUCAGGCUGGAAUGUCUCGAAGUGCGACUGUUGUGGCUGCCUACCUCAUGUACAAACAGGGUCUUAGCAAGGCCAAGGCUUUGGAACACGUGUCCUCCUGCCGGCCUCUUGUCAGGCCAAAUGAUGGGUUCCAAGAGCAAUUACAGCUGUUGGAGAAUAUGGGAGGCCAAGUGAACAGGGGUCACUCCGAGUUUCGAGCUUACCAACUAAACAAGCUGGCUGUCAAGUCAAAAUGUGGCCAGUUCGCAGGAGGUGUCCCGGAGCAUGAGAUCCCGUCGGAGGUGUUUGUCCAGCCCGAUUACUCCGGCAAAAGUGGGGACGCCUACUACAAGUGCAGGAAGUGCCGUGUGUUCUUGUUCCAUGAAGGAGCAUCCACUCAACACUACGUGGGCCAGGGUGAGUCAGCUUUUGACUGGAGGAGUAAGAUCCCAGCCAACAAGCGUCAGAGGUCAGGCGAGGGUGACGCGGAGGUCAUCUGUACCAAAUCUCUCUUCGUUGACCCCUUAGUCUGGAUGAAAGGGAAGAUCUCCUCAAUCGCGGGAAAGCUCCAUUGUCCCAAGUGUAAUGCCAAAAUCGGAUCCUAUAUAUGGUAUGGUGAGAAGUGUCCCUGCGGGGCAUGGGUGGCCCCUGCGUUUCACAUUGACUACGGGAAGGUGGACAAGAUUCCAUCGCAGCCCGUGAUGCCUCGCACCCACACCCCGGCCACGCGGGCUGGUAGAGCGUCUGCCAGCGUAACACCGCCCCCGGGCCGACCGCGCGGCGUGGUGGAGGGCUUCCCCAGCUCCGGCCGUCCCAUCAGCCAGCUCUCUGAGGCCACCACAGCUGCUGUCGCUGCUCGUCUAACGUCAACCCACCCUGAGGCGGCGGUGGCCACUGUCUCGCCCCUCACUGUACCCGUCGCCUCAGUGGCACCCUCCUCAGCUGUCACCAUGGCAACCGUAACGCCCAUGACCUCCAUGGAAAUGGACUCGUCAGAUGGAAGCAGCCGGGGGAUCCCCAGAAGUGGAGUCACUGCUGCAGUUAACCGAGAUCUCGAAUCAGGCAUUAGCAGCAUGAACAUGGAUGUGGAUAGCUGAUGAUCUGCCCCCUGUGGCAUAUAUAUAUAGAUCAUUAUGUACAUGUGUAUGGAUUGUUUCUGGCUUUCUGCUUUUUUGUUAUGUGACUUUUAGAAACAAAAGCAUGGCGCUGAAGGGAGUAUUAUAUGUCUGACAUAGGCAUCUUCACAGUACUGUACGCUCUCUAUUUUCUGUUACGUUACCAUGGCGAAAUCUCUCGACUUCAUGGAUGUUCUCAAGUCAUUUUGCUAUUAAUUAUAGUAAAGUUUUUUUACACCCCCAUCGACACAGCUUAAGUCAUUUGGAAGGUAUGCUGCUUUGACUCUGCCUAUCAAGGCCAUACCAGGAUGAGAGGGAUACAAAGUCCUUGGAGAUGGACAAAGGUAUUCAAUGAAAAACCUCCCCACUCAGGAACUGAGCUCACCCCUUCCUUGCAGAACAGUGAGGAGCCAAAGCGUUACACCACAAAUGCCAGUUCUCCAGUAGGCCCCCUAUUUCAGAAUACAUUCAUCAGUAUUGAAUUCUUUCAAUGAAAUCCACCCCUCUCUGCCACCAGUAUGUGGACAUGUACUGCUACUUAGAAGUUAGACUGUGACUGUGAGUGUUUGGCCAGUAAAGACUUUACUUUGAAUAUAUUUUCCCUCUGUUUUUACUCAUUUGGUCAGGCGGCAGACAGAAAUAUUUAUUUCGUUGUUUUGUUUCUCUCAUUGUCGUCCUCUCCUGUAAGCGUUCUUCUCGGCCAGGAUGUGUGCAGCCGUGCCCAGAGCCAUCAAUAUGUCUCGGAGCUGUUCACACUUUUCUUGCAGUUACAGAGUGGCUUCUCCAUGGAUUUUGGUGGUUUGAUGUUGUCCUGUCUUGUCUGGCAAGUUGCAGUCAUCAUAACAAAACUGCCUGAGUCUUUUUUUGUUGGUUGUGAGGAAACCUAAAAAAAAACCCCAAAACAUA